AUGCCGCCUCGUCGUCAAUCUCUCUCUGGCCCGACGGUCGUGGAUCAUAUCGCUCCUCUCGACUCACGGCGGCCCUCAACGUCCUCUAACGCUUCUACCCCUCGCGAUGCGACUUCAGCAGCACGCAACCGCAUCCAGCAAGUCACGCAACACAUCACCCACAGCCUCCCUUCCACACUACGAACAGACAUGUCGUCGCAAGAGUUCAAGCAGGCACCGCACAAGCUGCUGGUCAUCCCGGGUCCCAUCGAGGUCGCCGACGAUGUGCUCUUGGCCAACGCCCACCCGGCCAUGUCGCACGUCUCGCCCGAAUUCAUCCCUGUCUUUGGCGACUGCAUCCGCAUGCUGCGCGAGGUGCUCUUUGCUCCCAACUCGCAGCCCGUCCUCACUGCCGGCUCUGGUACCCUCGGAUGGGACCACGUUGCUGCCAACGUCAUCCAGCCCGGCGAGGACGCGCUGGUGCUCAACUCGGGCUACUUCGGUGACAGCUUUGCCGACUGCCUCGAGACGUACGGUGCCAAGGUCGACCAGAUCAAGGCUCCCAUCGGCUCCAAGCCCACACUUGCCGAGGUCGAGGAGGCGCUCAACAAGAAAAAGUACAAGGUGCUCACCUUCACCCACGUCGACACUUCGACCGGUGUGCUCAGCGAUGCCAAGGGUCUCGGCGAGCUCGUCAAGCGCGUCAGCCCCGAGACCAUCCUGGUUCUCGACGGUGUCUGCAGUGUUGGCAGCGAAGAGAUCCGCAUGGAGGAGUGGGGCAUCGAUGUCGUGCUUACCGCCACCCAGAAGGGUCUUGGCUGCCCUCCCGGUCUGAUGGUGCUUGCUGCCAGCCAGAAGGCGAUCGCUGCAUUCGAGAAGCGCACCGUGCCUCCCAACAGCUACUUUGCCUCCUGGUCCAGGUGGCUCCCCGUCAUGAAGGCCUACGAGGCUGGCACGGGUGCUUACUUCGCCACCCCACCCACCAACCUCAUCUACGCGCUCCACGCCAGCUUGACCACCAUCACCAAGGGUUCGCCCUCGCUCGAGGACCGAUUCAAGCAGCACAUUGCUGCUUCUGACCGUGUGAAGGACUUUGUGACGCAGCUCGGACUCACACAGCUCGCUGCUGACGGCAAGAAGGACGGCGCUCACGGUAUGACGGCGGUGCGCUACCCCCAGGGCCUCAAGGCCACCGACCUGCUGCCUAAGCUCGUUGCCAAGAACAUCGUCGUCGCUGCUGGUCUGCACAAGCAGGUCAAAGAUGAGUACUUCCGCAUCGGCCACAUGGGCGUCACUGUUAUCAACGACAAGGAGCGUGGCGACCUUGACCACCUGCUCACUAGCAUCAAGGAGUCGCUCGCCGAGGCUGGUUACAAGCCCUAG